UCUUCUUCCUCCUCUUUCAUUUUAAAGGCAUCACUCACCAAACAGCUUUUUCUGCAACUUUUUUCUCAUGUAGAUUUUCUCUAUAGAAGACUCAAACUCGCUAAUCAUAAGUCAUAACUCACCGACUCCAAAAAUCUGUUCUUUUUUUUGAACUCAAAACCAAAACCAAAUGGCUAGUAACAACAACCCACAUGGUAACCUUUCAGACCAAACACCUUCUGAUGACUUCUUCGACCAAAUCCUCGGUCUUCCCAACUUCUCAGCUUCUUCAUCCGACGGUGGGUUAGGCGGAGGAGGAGGAGGAGGAGCACCGCCGAUGAUGCUGCAGCUGGGUUCAGGAGAGGAAGGAAGUCACAUGGGUGGUGGUGGGUUAGGAGUAGGAGGAAGUGGACCAACUGGGUUUCACAAUCAGAUGUUUCCUCUAGGCUUGAGUCUUGACCAAGGCAAAGGACAUGGCUUUCUUAGACCUGAAGGUGGUGGUGGUGGUCAUGGAAGUGUGAAUCGUUCUUCUUCUUCUUCUUCUAUGAAAGGACCUGUUUUUCAUGGGCAGCCGAUGCAACAGCCAGCUCCAGCAGCGCCACAUCAGCCUACAUCGAUCCGUCCUAGGGUUCGAGCUAGGCGUGGUCAAGCUACUGAUCCACAUAGCAUCGCUGAAAGGCUACGUAGGGAAAGAAUAGCUGAACGGAUCAGGGCGCUUCAAGAACUUGUUCCCACUGUUAACAAGACAGAUAGAGCUGCUAUGAUCGAUGAGAUUGUGGACUAUGUUAAGUUUCUCAGGCUCCAAGUUAAGGUUUUGAGCAUGAGUCGUCUUGGUGGAGCCGGUGCGGUUGCUCCACUUGUUACUGAUAUGCCUUUGUCAUCAUCAGUUGAGGAUGAAACGAGUGAUGGUGGAAGGACGCCACAACCCGCAUGGGAGAAAUGGUCAAACGAUGGGACUGAACGCCAAGUGGCUAAGUUGAUGGAAGAAAACGUUGGAGCAGCUAUGCAGCUUCUUCAAUCUAAGGCUCUUUGUAUGAUGCCUAUCUCACUGGCUAUGGCUAUUUACCAUUCUCAGCCUCCAGAUACAUCAUCAGUGGUUAAACCGGAGACCAAUCCUCCUCCACCACAGUAGGGUUUUUGUGCAAGUAAAGGUUUGUACAGCAACUCAAACGGUCCAACAUGGCUUUACUUUCUACUACUACAACUCAUGAUGACUCUGGUUUCUUGCUGCUUCAUCUCCCUCUCACACCCACUUGUAUGGCGUGGGAGAUGGAAUCAAUGUAGGAUUUAAAGUAGAAGGGAGUUUGUCAAAAGCUUACUUGAUUAAAUAUGAUUUGUUAUCAUUUUAGGUGGACUUUGAUGAAAGCACCUUUUUGUUUUCAUGACUUUAGUGGGAGGUUGAUGAACGAGCUUAAAAAGGGUAUUUGAGUAGUAGACUAGUAGUAAUGGGAAGUGUGUGGGACCUUGUUGAAUUUGUGUACAAAUUGGAAGAAUAUAAUAAAGUAUUUGAAUUUGUUA